AUAAAAAAAACAAACGAGUUUUGAGUUUCACUUACAAUAUUUUGAAGUAACUGAAAACAGUCUGUUAUUUGAUCUUUUCAAGUUUUAACAAACAUUACAUGGCUGACUAUAAAUAUUUAAUGCGUUUCUUUGAGGUUUACCCAACAUGUCCCACGCAAUAUUUAUAAAUAUUAAGCUUUCUGUGUUUGAUACAGUUUAUAAUGGCUCACAUCAUUCCAGUAAGGGGUUUUUGGAUGUAUGUGGACAAAGUAUUUGUAAGUUGGUUAUUCAGUGACAAUAUUAGUACUGAAUUAAACUUUCUCCUGAUAAAUAUGUUGGAGGUGAUAUUGGUUAAAAUAGUUCACAUCACUCAGUUGUAAAACCGAAGUAAGUUACUGAGUAGUACAUGGAGCCAGGGUUGAAAAAAUGUUCGUAUCCGGGCAGAGGCAGUGGUUGGAUAGUAGUAAACUUCCUUGCCGGCAGAGCUUUUGGAAGUUGCACUAUGACGUGCAGUACAUAUUUCCCGCCCGUACUUGCAUAUGAUCAAUGUUCUCAUGGGUACAUUUUUUAUUUUGAAAAAUGAAUGCUUAUAUAAAAAAUACCUAGAGAAUGCCCAUCUGGCCCUCGUGUUCGUUGUAGUCUCGCUACUAUAUGACAUCUUUUAUGAAUAAUUACAAUUAUUUGCGUUUAUUUCGUUGAAGUAAUUCACAAUUCCGGAGUUUAGAUGUCUCUAGCAUAGGUUUGUAAACGGUGCAUGUAAUUACGGCAUAGCUAAUCGCUGCAGAAUUUGUGCAUUGUAUGUUGCGGUAUCAUGUUUACCGUUUAUAUUAUUCCGUGAUUUUGUCGCAUAAAUGCGUUGUGUAACCCGGUCUGCAUGGAUUUUAUUUAUGGAAUGGUUUCAUGGAUGUUAUUUUGUUCCUUUGUAUAAAGGAAAAUAGUGGAAUGGUAAACCAUACUUCUGUAAUGUAACAUUUGCAUGGAUUCAAGAAAGACUUUGGAGUAUAGUGGUAUAGCCCAAGAAGCAGAGGUUACCUUCUGCUUGCUUGCUUCGCCUAAUUUUCUGCCUUCCAAAAUAUUGGUACACUUCUUCCAGACUAUGCAGCAUCACAUCCCGGAAAGUACUGUUCUUCAUUUGACUAAACACUGCAUUGUCUUAGAACACCACUUCCCUGUCGUCCUCACAGUUCGGUAAGGACAUGAAGCAAGAAGUGACUGAUGAAGAUCAUGUUUCCUGUCUUGAGCUUGCUGGAGGAGUAAUCUGCCAUAAUUCAAAGACUAUGAGAGUGUUUUGAGAACUCAAAUUCUGCAUUAGAUAGGGAAGAAUGGAAGAGGAAAUGAACACCUUAGAUCAUGGAGUAUGUUUUGAAGUUCCUUCAGUAAGAGGAGAAGGAGAAGCAUUUGCAUUACGGGAUUAUGGAGGUUGUUUGAAAGACAUGGGAGGAAGCAGUUUGAACUUGGUUUCCAGUCAUCAGAGUGGGAUGAACUUGGUUCCUUCUCAGCCAAGUGGGUUGAGUGUUGUUUCUGGCCAGCAGAGUAGUUUGAACUUAGCUUCUGGUCAGCAAGGCAGUGAUAGACGUAUAGCUGCACCAACACAGCAAAAUAUAUCCAUGGGCCAUGGAGUUCAGUCAUUGACUCCUACAGGAGGGUCAUAUGAUUGUAAUGUGUGUGGACUACAGUUUCAAUUUCUACCUGAUUUAAGGACACACUCUGUUAUUCAUGUGCGGCAGCGUCCUCAUGAAUGCAGUACCUGUGGGAAAAGGUUCAUAUUUCCAAGUGAUCUGAAGAGACACAUUCUUAUUCAUACAGGAGAACGUCCUUUUGAAUGUAAUGUAUGUGGUAAUAAGUUUAGAAAACUAAAUGUUUUGAAGCGACAUGCACUGAUACAUACUGGGGAACGUCCACAUGAGUGCACAGUAUGCCCGAGGAAGUUCAGAGACAUAACUGACCUGAAGAAACACAUGCUUUUCCACACAGGUGAACGUCCGCAUGAGUGUAAUCUUUGUGAUAAGAAGUUUACGUUGAUAUCACACCUCAAAAAGCAUUCACUUAUUCAUACAGGUGAACGUCCUCACGAGUGUAGUGAAUGUGGUAAGACAUUUAUACGUGUAAGUGACCUCAAAACACAUACCUUGAUACAUACAGGGGAACGUCCACAUGAGUGCAGUGUGUGUGGAAAGAAAUUCAAAUUAUCGUCUCAUCUUAGGAAACACACACGUAUUCACACAGGAGAACGUCCACAGGAAUGUAAUGUAUGCAGUAAGAAAUUUACUUUUCCUAGUGAUCUGAAAACACAUUCUCUUAUUCAUACAGCAGAGCGACCACAUGAAUGUAAUAUCUGUGGUAAAAGAUUUACUUUUCCUGGUGACCUAAAGACACACACACUAAUUCACACAGGAGAACGGCCACACGAAUGCUCAGUAUGUGGGAAGAAGUUCAUGCGAGUAACUCUUCUCAAGAAACACUCUCUGAUCCACACAGGACAGCGACUUCAUGAGUGCAAUGCUUGUGACAGAACGUUUACACAGUUAACUCUUCUGCGGAAACAUUCUUUGAUUCACAGAGGAGCGCGGCCACAUGAAUGCAUCAUAUGUGGGAAGAAGUUUACAUUUUCUAAAGAAUUAAGAACACAUUCAUUCAUUCAUGAAAAUCAGCAUCAGCAGCAGCAACUCCAACAACUUCAUAACCAGCAACAUCAACUGCAGCAGCAACCACUUUUGCAGCAACAGCCACUUCAGCAGCAGCACCCCCCUCACCAGCAGCAACAACAAAAUCAGCUGCAGCUGAAUCAACAACUACAUCAGCAUGUUCAACAGCAACACCAGCAGCUGAAUCAGCAGCAACACCAGGAGCCCAAUCAGCAACAACACCAGCAGCUGAAUCAGAAGCAACACCAGGAGCCAGAUCAGCAACACCAGCAGCUGAAUCAGCAGCAACACCAGGAGCCCAAUCAGCAACAACACCAGCAGCUGAAUCAGAAGCAACACCAGGAGCCAGAUCAGCAACACCAGCAGCAGCUGAAUCAGAAGCAACACCAGGAGCCAGAUCAGCAACACCAGCAGCUGAAUCAGCAGCAACACCAGGAGCCGAAUCAGCAACAUCAGCUGCUGAAUAAGCAACAAUACCAGCAGCCAACUCAAGCACAACACCAGCAGCCGAAUCAGCAACAUUCCCAGCAGCCAAAUCAACAGCAACCACGUACACUGCAGUCUCCUCGACAGUCAUAUGAUUGUAAUGUAUGUGGAAAACAGUAUCCAUCUUCUACUGAAUUAAAAUCACAUUCACUAAUUCAUGUAGGGCAGCGACCACACGAAUGUGAUGUGUGCGGUAAACGAUUUGCAUUUCCUAGUGAUUUAAAAGCACAUUCUCUGUCCCACACAGGGGAACGACCACAUGGAUGUAUUGUAUGUGGUAAAAAGUUCAGCAAGCUUAAUGUACUGAAAAGACAUUCGCUGAUUCACAUGGGGGAGCGACCUCAUCAGUGUGAUGAAUGUGGUAAAAGAUUUAGAGAAUCGAGUGAUCUCAAGAAACAUGCACUUGUCCAUUCUGGACAACAGCCUCAUGAAUGUGGUGUGUGUAAGAAAAAGUUUGUUCUAAUGUCUCAGCUGAAGAAGCAUGCCGAAAUUCAUACUGGAAUUCGACCCCAUGAAUGUAAUGUGUGCAAUAAAAAGUUCUUACGAUUAUCAGACCUCAAUACGCAUACCCUCAUACACACUGGUGAACGUCGACAUGAAUGUGCUGUAUGUGGAAAGAAGUUUACACUUGUUUCUCAUCUUAAAAAGCAUUCUCGAAUCCACACCGGAGAUAGGCCUCACGAAUGCACAGUAUGUCAUCGAAAAUUCACGUUUCCUAGUGACCUGAAAACUCACUCUCUUAUCCACACAGCAGAACGGCCUCAUGAAUGUACUAUAUGUGGUAAGAAGUUUAUAUUUCGUAGUGGUCUUAAAGUACACACACAGGUGCAUGCUGGUGAAUGACUAUCUCGACAUUUCA